GCCGAACGAAAAAGUCGAAUACGACGCUGCGUUUCCUUGCGUGUUGGUUUUCCCAAUUCAAAUCUCUCAAUUCGUGUCCGCGCUACUGAAAACUGAAAACCCAAAGAAGCAGCAAUAUCACUCGCAGCAGCAGCAGCAGCAGCAGCAGCAACAUCAGCAGCAGCAACAGCUAAAGCAGCAGCAACAAAAUCAAAACACGUUUUACUCCCGCACAUUGAAAACGUAUAUUUCACAUACAAAAAGGAUUUAUUUUCCAAUCAAAACCCACUUAAAUUGGCUUAUAAUUUGCGUAAAUAUUUGUGCUUGUGUUUUUUGAAUGAAAGUGUGUAACCGAAAAUAUGGAAAUUCGCUUAUAAAUAUUGAUGUGUUUUAUUAAAUAUUUGUGUCUUUUACUUUGAAGUCAGUUUCGUUUUUGUGUCGAUAUUUUGCAUUAUUAAUUACAAUUUACGUUCAUCGAGUGGAAAAGGUCACGACAGAUUGAAAGACUUUUCAAACUAAGGAAAACAAGGAACUUGACAAAAAAAGCUUCUGAAUUGGUUCUGUUGCAUCUCAACGUGAUUGUUUCGUGGUAAUGUGAUCGGCGAUCUUCGGGAGCAAUUAGAAGACUAAACAAAAGGACAAAGGACCCGGGGAAAAGCAGCUUACCAUCAGCCGAAGCCAGAGCGGCAAACAGAGAAUCGCUGGGAGAAAAGCCAACUGUUAGAGGACUGACUAUUCGCACACUGUGGCCAGCGGAGGAGGAGUAAAUCGAACCGAAUGCAGUAUCUCAACUACGCACUGCAGACAUCCACGCGACUGCUGACGUACCAGGGCCAGAACCAGGAUCUCUAUCCUGACCAGACGGGACUAGCCUCCGCCCACGAGGAGGACAUCAAGCACGCCUGCUGCAGUCGCGGCGCCCAGCUGCUGAGAUUGCGCCACCGGGAGCUGGCCAAGCGACGAGCUCUUGAGGAUCAGAUCAACGCCAACCGAGCAGAAGAGCGAGAGGAGGAGGAGGAGGACGAAACGCUGGUGGAGGAUAACCAGCACCAGGAGAACCAAGUGGAACAGGAGGAGAACAGCGAACAGGGCGCCGUCGGCGGGGAGCAUCUGCAUCCGCAGCCAGUCCAAUGA